AACCAAAUAAAGAAAAUAAAUUUUUAUCAAAGAUACUGCCAGAAUCUGCUGUCGUUACCAAUUGAUAACGAGGUUUCAAGUCAUAUUCUACUCUUCUACUUUCGAAUUCAUUGGAACGAAUUAGCAAACAAUCAAAAUGGAUACCACAAGCGUGGAAACAGUUCUUGGGCCAACAAGAGUUUCUCAACUAGGGAAAACUCUAACUCAUGAACACCUGACUUUAGACUUCAACAAAUUUUACGUUCCUCCACCGAAAUUAUUGGAAAACUAUUUCCAAAGCAAAAAAAUUGAUCUAACUAAUGUAGGACUUGUUAAACAGUAUCCUUACAGUAGUUCAUAUAAUGUUAAUUUUAAUGAUGAUGAUACUUUAGUAGCUGUUUUGGAAGACGUGAAAAUGUUUAAAAAGUUUGGGGGAGGAACAAUCGUUGAAAAUACUAGUUAUGGAAUCAGAAGAGAUAUUCCAUUUGCGAAGAAAGUUAGUCAAGAGACUGGAGUAAAUAUUAUCAUCGGAACAGGACAUUAUGUUGAAGCUGUCCAAAACAUGUCAGUUCUUAUGAUGAGUGAAGAGAAGAUAUAUGAUUUAGUGAUGAAAGAGUUGACUCAAGGUUGUGAAGAAUUUCCUGAAGUCAAGGCAGGAUUUAUUGGAGAAGUUGGAAGUUCUUGGCCGAUUACUGAUUUCGAAAAGAGAGCUAUCCGUUCUGCUGCUCAAGUCCAAGAACAGCUUGGAUCACCUAUUUCAUUUCAUCCUGGAAGGAACCCACAAGCACCUUUUGAAAUCAUGAGAAUAUUCCUUGAAGCCGGUGGAGACCCUCGGAAAACUAUUAUGUCACAUCUAGACAGAUCAAUCCCGGAGAAAGCUGAAUUAUUGGAAUUUGCUAAGCUCAGAAGUUACUGUCAGUUCGACUUAUUCGGUACCGAAUGCUCUUAUUAUCAACUCGAUGAGAAGACAGACAUGCCUUCUGAUGCUCAGAGACUUCAAAGAAUUGGUUGGAUUAAGGAAGAUAGAGGAAUUGAACAAAUUCUGAUGAGUCAUGAUAUCCACACUAAGCAUCGUCUGGUUCGAUACGGUGGUCAUGGUUAUUCUCACAUCCUCAUAAACAUUGUCCCAAGAAUGUUAGCAAAGGGCUUCAGCCCCGAAGAAAUCGAUGCUAUUACAAUCGUUAAUCCAAAGACAUGGUUAUCUCGUAGAGAAUAGACGAUAAUAAUCUAUCACUUAAAGCUUAAACCUUAAAGCUUAGAGAUCGAAAAGCUUAAAAAAGCUUUUAAAAAAGUUUAUCCUCAAAAAUCCCAAUAUUCUGUAAAGAGAGAAAAUGAUAAAAUCAAUACUUGAUUACAAUCAUUUAAUUUACUUAUCAAAUACAUACAAUACAAUUAAUAAAAAUUAUGUAACUUUAAUAAAUAUUGAUAAAAACAACAAUGU